GUGAACCACCUCAAGAGCCAGGGGCUCUUCGACCAGUUCCGCAGGGACUGCCUGGCCGACGUGGACACCAAGCCUGCCUAUCAGAACCUGAGACAGCGUGUUGAUAACUUUGUUGCAAACCACUUGGCAACUCACACUUGGAGUCCUCAUCUCAAUAAGAACCAGCUAAGAAACAACAUCAGACAACAAGUUCUCAAAUCAGGAAUGUUGGAGUCUGGUAUCGACCGAAUUAUUUCUCAGGUUGUGGAUCCAAAGAUCAACCACACGUUUAGACCUCAGGUGGAGAAGGCUGUGCAUGAGUUUUUGGCCACACUAAAUCACAAGGAGGAAGCCAGUGGCAGCACAGCUCCCGAGGAGGAGAAGCCCGACUCUGCUGUCGUCACACAAGGUGUUCCUGCUCCUGGGCCCAGCGCUAAUGUAGCCAGUGACGCCAUGUCAAUACUGGAAACCAUCACUUCUCUUAACCAAGAAGCUAAUGCUGCCAGGGCCUCCACAGAGGCAUCAACCGCCAAGCCCAGUGACAGAGCAUCCAAAAAGCUCCCAUCUCAGCCGAGUGCUGACACCAGCACUGACAGAGAAAGAGCUGCAGAGGACCUCGCCACCGACAGGGAGCCGCCGCCACCUGACUCUGCAGGGGAGGUGCCGGGAACCGCCCCCAAGGCCGAAGAGCUCAAUGACCUCCCUUGUCCAGUUGAAGAAACUAAAAAUCAUGCAAAGGAGAAUAAUAAUUUCAUUGUGCUAAAUAAAGAUGUCCAACCGGAAAGCAGUGAGCAAAAAAGCAAGUCAACAGACAAAGGUGAAAAGAAGCCAGACGGCAGUGAAAAGGGAGAAAGAAAGAAGGAGAGAAAGGAAAAGGUGGACAGGAAGGUGGAGUACUCGAAACGGAGUGAAGACACACAGAAAGCUGCUGAAAAGCAAGCCAAGGAGAAAGAAGGGGAGAGCGCAAAGCUGCCUCCAGAAAAGAGCAGUAACAAAGCGAAGACUGGCGAAGGGACUAAAGAAGAUUUCCCUUUGGUAGAUUCUGAUGUGGAUGGACUUACAGACAUCACGGUCAGUUCUGUCCAUACCAGUGACCUUUCAUCAUUUGAAGAAGAUACGGAGGAGGAGAGCACUCUUCUUUCUAUUUGCUUUUUUCUAGAUGAAGAGAAGAAUAAACAAAGUAAAACAAAAACUCAAACUAAUGAUUCUAUUGAAGGAAAAGCAAAAUCCGCACGGCAUACAUAUGUUCACAAACCGUAUCUUUACUCGAAGUACUACAGUGAUUCUGACGAUGAGCUGACUGUGGAGCAGCGGCGACAGUCGAUCGCUAAAGAAAAAGAAGAGAGGCUUUUAAGAAGGCAAAUUAAUAGAGAGAAACUUGAAGAAAAGCGAAAACAGAAAGCUGAAAAGACAAAGUCUUCAAAAGCCAAGAGUCAAGAAUUAGAAAGCCGUAGACAGUGGCUAAAUAUUGAAGAAAAUUCCAAAAAGAAGCAGCAAUCUGAAGAAGAUUCCAAAGAAACCCUGAAAACCAGUGAGCAUUGUGAAAAGGAAAAGGUGUCUUCUUUAAAGGAGCUGAAGCAUAUUCAUGCAAAAAGUGAACCAAGUAAACCUGCCCGGAGACUUUCAGAAUCUUUGCAUUCAGUUGAUGAAAACAGAAAUGAAUCCAAAACAGAAAGAGAACACAGAAGACGCACAUCUACCCCUGUCAUGGUGGAGGUGGCCCAGGAAGAGCCUGAUGGGAGAGACGGGAAGAGGCAGGGGGAGCGCUCAGAAAUGGGCACAGAAGAACCCCAGAAACAGAGAAGCACAGUGAAAAGUGAGAAGCAUCUGAAGAAGGACGAUUCUGAACCUCCACACGGGAGAGGCCUGCUCAAGAAGGAGCUGAGGCCAUCCAAGGAGAAGCCUGAGAAAGAGAAGCCUCCGCCAGAAGAUAAAGCAUCUGUGAAACAUAAAUACAAAGGUGACAGCACGCACAGACCGGGCGAGGACGCCGACCUGCACUCUCCUGAGAAAGGGGUGAAAGUGGAGGAAAAUCAGAAGCAAAGUCAGCAAACAAAGCUUUCUUCAGAUGAUAAAGCUGAACGAAAAAGCAAACACAGGAAUGAAAGGAAAUUAUCAAUUUUAGGCAAGGACGGAAAGCCAGUUUCUGAAUAUAUCAUAAAAACAGAUGAGAAUGGUCGCAAAGAAAACAACAAAAAAGACAGACAUUUGUCAACCGAAAAACCUAAGGCAGAGCACAAAUCAAGACGGUCCAGUGAUUCAAGAAUUCAGAAAGAUUCUCUAAGUGCCAAGCAGCACAGUGUCACAUCACAGAGAAGAAGUGAGAGUUAUUCUGAAGAGAGGUGUGAUACAGACUCAACCAGCUUAGACAGCAUUUCAAAACCAGAAGAGGCUGUUCCCAAGGAGAAACGGAGAACCAAGAGCUCGUUAGAUGAGAAACUCGUGCUGAAGUCCAAGUCAAAAAGUCAAGGCAGGCAGUUAAAAGGCAUAGAAACAGAAGUCCCAGAAAAUGUCCCCAAACAGGCAGCCCCUCUAAAACCAGAUAAGGAGAAAAACUCUGAAGAAAAUGACUCAGAAAAGCAACGGAAGUCUAAAGCUGAAGAGAAACCUGAAGAAACUGGUGUUGAACCUGUGUCAGAGACUCCUGCUUCCUCGGCACAUAGUACCCAAAAAGAUGCGGCUUAUAGAGCUAAGUUACCAUUAGCAAGGGAGAAACCUCGGGGGGACAAGGAUCCCGGCUCCCGGCUUGACAGAAGGCCGUCAGAUGGACACAGAAGCAGAAGUGUGAAGCGUAGCAGUAAGGAUGUGAGAAGGAAGGAAGAGAAUAAAUCAGAUGACAAGGAUGGCAGAGAAAUUGAUAGUAAUCAUGAAAAGCCCAGAGGAAAUGGUUCAGUCAUGGAAAAGAAAUUGAGUAGAAGGCUUUGUGAAAAUCGAAGAGGAAGCUUACCACAAGAAAUGGCCAAAGGAGAGGAAAAAGCAGCAGCAAACACUUCAGGCACUCCCAGUAACUCCUCCCUUCAAAGACCAAAAAAAAGUGGUGAUGCCACAUUGAUUCCUGAACAAGAGCCAAUGGAAAUUGAUUCUGAGCCAGGUGUUGAAAAUGUGUUUGAAGUUUCUAAAAUGCAAGACAGCAACAAUAAUAAUAGUUCUCAGCAAGACACUGACUCUGAAAAUAUUAUAAAACACAAAACUCACACCACAGUUCUAAAGGAUGAAUCACGAACUUCUACAGUAGAUUCGAAAUCACCAGCUCUCACGUGUAAGUCAGGGCGUGGGACAGGAGUUGCUGGUAAUUCUGAGAAGCACGUGGACCGCAGAAGCCCCCUGGCCAGAAAAGUGCACAUGCAAAGUGCUGUGUCUAAACUGAGCCCCGGGGAGAGAGAGCCGGGUCAGCGGGCAGCUCACGAAGUAAACGCAGGCUCAGAAACCACGCAGAGGAUGCUGCCCAGUGCCCCACCGGAGAACGGGAGGGCGCAGAAAAACCCGAGAAGUGCAGCCAGGCCUGCCGACGAGCGCGCUGCUCAAGGGGACACCGUUCCCAGACAUUCCACGAGCACAGAGCUCUCUCCAUCCCCAAGCGCAGUGACUGCUGUAUCUCAGAAAGAAUCUCACGGUUCAGAUGUAAAUCCUCUAGAGGACAAAAGAACUGCUUUAGAAGGCGGCACUGCCGGCAUCUCUCCUGUGGGUCCCUGUACUGUCCCUAGGAAGGGACAGGAAGAAGGUGGUGAAGCUUCCACAGUAGAGACAGCAGCCAAAGCCACCAUCACUAGCAAAAGACACAUUCCGGAAGGCCACCAGGCCACUUCACUGGAUAGUAAGCCAGAAAAGGUGAUUGUGCCCCUUGGGAGCAAGGUCGCCAGCAUGGCUGUGGGAAACGAGAAUGUUCUCAGAGAAAGCCGCUCAGCAGACUUGGCCCAGAAAGAGAGCGAUUUAAACUCAGAGCCCAGUUUCAAGCAGACAGUCAGAGCAGUAGCAGAGAAUGACAAGAAGGAUAGCACUGCUGGUGACCGUACAGGCGUGAGUGCAGGAAAAGGUGCUGAAACUGUGCAACUUACGCACGAUAGAGGCCCGGGCAAAACAAAAGACAUACGCGUUGGUGUUGAAAGAAGGAGUGAAAACAGUGAGGUGGACACCAGUGCUACAGGUGGCUCUGCAGCCCCUGUUUUGCACCAAAAGAAUGGAAAAACUGAGGUGGUGGCAGGGGGACCCAGUAAGGCAGGAAAGACCUCUGUCGCCACUAGCACUGAAGGGAGCAAGAAAAGCGUCCCCACGAGCCCAAUAAAGGCGGGUGCUGCCACCACCACGUCUUCAGAAACCAGCGCACGUGAGGUGGCUCAGCCCUGCACCAGCAUUGAGGCCGAUGAAGGCCUCACGGCCGGUGCACACCCUGGAAACCGUCCCCUCCAGGCCAGGGCAGAAGCCAGCGAGGGCACUGUUUUUGCUGCAGCUGAAGAAGGAGGAGCUGUCGUCACAGAAGGGUUUGCUGAGAACGAAACUUUCCUCACAAGCACCAAGGAAGGGGAGAGUGGGGAGUGUGCCGUGGCUGAGUCGGAGGAAGGAGCACCAGGCCUUGUGCCUGCGCACGCAGUUGACACGGGAGCUUCUGUGAACAGUGUUGUGACAGAGGAGAAGGAUGACGCUGUCACCAGUGCAGGCUCUCAAGAGAAGUGUCACGGCUCUUCCAGUAGAGACACAGAAAUGGUGGAAGAAACAGUUACUUUUAUUAGUGAAGUUGAAAGUGAUGGGGCAGUUACCAGUGCUGGGACGGAAGUAAGAGCCGGAUCUCUCAGCAGUGAAGAGGUGGACGGGUUCCAGGGAAACAAGACGAGACUGGGCCCCAAAAAAGAAACGGAGGGCACUGUGACCUGUACGGGAGCCGAAGGCCGCAGUGGCAAUUCUGUGAUCUGUUUAGUGACCAGGGCAGGGCCCCGAGAGGAGCGUGUGGUUACAGGGGCAGACGUGGCUUUGGCAGGUAAUGACACGCCAGCAGGAGCCAGCACCAGCCACGAAGGAGACGGCUCCGUGAACGAUGGGGUAGAAGGUGAGAGCGCAGUGACCAGCACGGGGAUCACGGAGGAAGACGGGGAGGGCCCAGCCAGCUGCACAGGUUCAGAAGAUGGCGGUGAAGGCUUUGCCAUAAGUUCUGAGUCGGAGGAAAAUGGAGAGAAUGCCAUGGACAGCACAGCAGCCAAAGAUGUCACCAACGUCCCCUUAGUCGCUGCUGGCCCGUGCGACGACGAAGGCAUUGUGACCAGCACAGGUGCAAAAGAGGAGGACGAGGAAGGGGAGGGCGUGGUGACCAGCACUGGAAGAGGAAAUGAAGUUGGGCAGGCUUCCACUUGCACGGGGAUGGGAGAUGAGAGUGAAGGGGCACUGAUUUGUGAAAGCGUGGAAGGGGACAGUCAGAUUGGUACAGUGGCCGAGCACGUGGAGGCCGAGGCCGGAGCGGCCGUCGUCAAUGCGAGCGAGAGUAACGCUGACAGUGUGAGCGGCGCGGAGAAGGAGGCGAAGGAUGCAGAGAUCUGCUCCAGUGCCAAAGGGGUCGUGGAGAGCAGCGUGACCAGUGGGGCUUCGGGGAAGGAGGAAGCGGCACCCAUCCCGGAGGGUUGUGAGGGCCCCAUGACUAGUGCUGCUUCUGAUCAAAGCAACAUUCAGCUCGCCAGGGCAGAAAAUGCUGGAGACACCAUUAUCUCCACGGGGCUGGUAGGGGCCAGUUAUGAUGCUCUUGUGUGUGGUACCGUCCUGGGAUGUGAAGUCGCCCACACGUCACCAAGUGAGAAAGAAGAUGAGGGCAUCAUCACGUCUGUGGAGAAUGAGGAGUGUGACCACCCUCUGGCCACUACCGCCGGGGGUGGGAUCACCAAGCAGCACGGCCUGGCCGGUGGCACAAGUCUGAACAAAGGCCUGAUGAUCUCCACCAGCACGACAAGCGGUGAUGCCCCUGGUGGGAGCGCAGUGGUGACCACAGGAGAAGGGCACGCAGGUGCUCUGAGAGCUGGGGAAGGUGUGGACAGCGCCAGGGCAAAUGUGGAAGAGUUCGAGGCCCCCAUGCCCAGUGCUGCCUCUGGGGAGAGCCCAUGUGCUCCUGGCCGGAGCGAGGAGAAGGACGAGUGUGCCAUGAUCUCCACGAGCAUAGGGGAGGAGUGCGAGGUGCCCAUUUCCAGUGCAACCCCCACCAAGUGUGCCGAAGGUCCGCAGCUGCUCACGGCCGUGGAGGAGAGGGCUGAAGGUGCGGUCUUCGUGAGCACAGCUGACUUUGAGGGGCCUAUGCCCAGUGCUCCCUCAGAGGCCCAGGGCCCCCUGGCCUCGACCAGCAAUGAGGAAAAGGAUGAAUGCGCCCUCAUUUCCACCAGCAUAGCAGAGGAGUGUGAGGCCUCUGUGUCUGGUGCAGUUGUCGAAGGUGAAAACGAGCAAGCUGGGACGGUCCUGGAAGAGAAGGACGGGAGCGCUGUCAUCUCUACAAGCUCCGUGGAAGACUGUGAGGGCCCAGUGUCCAGCGCCGCCCCGCAGGAGGGGGCCCAGCCCUCAGUGCCCAUGCCCAGCCUGAUUGCUGAGAGUAACGGUCAGCGUCCUGGGCCAUCCACAAAAGGCAAAGAGGUGACGGCAGUGAGCCCCAAGGAAGGCCAGGACCAGCUGUCAGUCCAGGAGCGCGCUGCAGGACAGGGCCAGCCAAGUGCCACGUGUGCACAAGAGGAAGCAACACAUGGCAGAGAGGGCCCUGGCGCAGGCCUGUUUCCGGGAAGAGGACAGGAGAGCGCCCUGCACCUUGUCACUGCAGACAAGGAGGAAGCGUUCCUGAACUCUGCCCAGAGUGAAGGGAACAGCCUGGAGGCAGAGUGGGCAGAGGGCAGCAGCACAGCAUGUGGUUCAGCAGGGAGGGGCUUGGAGAGGAGCGCAGGCUGCCCUGUCCCUCUGAGAGGGCCAGGACAGGUGGCAGAGGAGCCCUCUUUCAGUAUUUGCCCUUUGGCCGCAGCAAAUACCGGUGCUAAAACUGGCGACAGGCCACCUGUCCAAGACACUGCAGCGGCACAUUCCUCUGUCCCUCCUCACCAGCUGGGGCCUGAAGACAACCUAAAAACCACAGCCCCCAAGUGUGUUCCUGGCCAAGAAUCAAAAACUGUUCCUUCCCACACAGAGGUCCUUCCAGCUGCCCCCCACGUAGCUCUGUGGGCUCCUAGGUGUGAGCAGCACUUGAGUACAAAGAGUGACCUUGGUGGCACACGGACUGAGAAAGCAGGAGACAGCAACAGCAUGAGAUCUUCCCAGGAGGGAGGAGACUUCUCAGGCCCUGUUUCUUCUGAAGAAGACGUGUGUGACAUAGGCAAUGAAAAGUCUCCAUCAAAAACUUUUGGAAGAAUGGAAGCGAAAGCCAACUUGAAAACUGAGACAUAUGUGCCUUCAGAGAAAGAGAGAAAUCAUGGCGUUGUAGCAUCACCAGAAAGCCGGCAAGGGGGGAAGCCGAGUGGAGCAGCUGAGCGACAGAGGGAGACUUUGUUGGUGAAUGAAUCACUAAAUGUGGAAGAGUCAGACUCCAAAACAGAUGAAGAAGAUCAUAGCAAAUCUCCUAACAAAGGAGAGAUACCCAGUGGGAGAAAAGACAACAGAGAAGCUCUAAGAGGUCACGGGACUGAAGUGAAUUCUAAAGAGGUUGAAGAGGAAGACAGGCAAAUGCCUAAGAGAAAAAGAAAGAAGCAUUAUCCCUCUUCAGACGAUGAACUGGAUGAUAAUCCAGAUGUCCUGAAUUCCAGAAUAGAAGCAGCACCACGACGGCCUUCUGAAACUGAGCCACAUGACACGAAGGAAGAGAAUUCUGAAGAUUUAGAAGAAUUACCUAAAAUAAGUUCAGAGACAAACAGCACCGUCUCAGGGACCAUGGAAGAAAGAGACGAGAGCAGCAGUGAAGCUGCCGGCGAAAAAAUGGAGCAGAAUGACGAUGACACCAUCAAAUCUCAAGAGGAAGAUCAGCCAAUAAUUAUUAAAAGGAAAAGAGGAAGACCUCGAAAAUAUCCUGUAGAAACAGCAUUAAAAAUCAAAGAUUCCAAAACAGAUACAGAUACUGGAAUUGUUACUGGAGAACAGUCUCCACCCAGCAGCAAGCUGAGAGCCGUGCAGCCAGAUGAGCUCAAUAAAGAGACGGCUGACCUACAAGAAAGAAGCGUAAACAACGACGAUGGUGAAGAAAAAGUAGCAAGCCUGCGUCGGAGAGGGAGGAAGCCCAGACGCUCACUCACGCUUUCCGAUGACGCUGAAUUAUCAGAACCAGAACGGAAACGCCAGAAAUCAGUAUCUGAAGCAACCGAGGACAAGAAAGAUCAGGAGUCCGAUGAGGAGGAGGAAGAGGAGGAGGAGGAGGAGCCCUCGGGAGCCACCACCAGAUCCACGGCCAGAUCCGAGGCUCAGAGAUCGAAGGCACAGCUCUCCCCUUCUACCAAGCGCAAGCGAGAAGUCAGCCCUCCCGGGGCCCGGACGAGAGGCCAGCAGAGGGUGGAGGAGGCCCCUGCGAAGAAAGCGAAGCGAUAAUCCUGCCCCUGUGCCCCCGGCUUGUAGGGGAAGACAGUAGAAAGAGAAGGGACGCGCCUCCGUGGCCACAGGCUUCUUUGUUUUUAAUCAGAAAAAGGAUGUGCAUGUGCUGUAAGUUCCUAGGUGCAAGCUUUCUCGUUACGUUUUAAACAGCUUUAUAAACUAUUGUUCAUAGAAGAUAUUAUGUACAUUUAUUUCAGAUAAAGGAAAAUAAGUUUACUUUGUAUCUGAAUUCAAAACAAAGUAGUUGUAUAUUUUAACAUUUGAAAUUGGGAUUUCCCAAUAUGAUACAUCAUUAAUGCAAACCCUUCCAGCCCCCUCAGACGCCAAGCUGCCUGCUGGUGAUCUGUGUAUAGUAUACAAACAUGUAAAAAUAGGUUGUAUUUUACUCUAUGUAUGAUGCUAAUCAAUGAACACUUUAUUUAUUUUACAGAGAAAACUUAUCUGUGAACUUUACUAUAUAUCUGUUUAUUUUAUUUUAUUAUUUUUUUUAAUAAAAGGUUUUAAAUGCUAUGCAGUCAAUAGUAGGAAAGUUUUUAGGACCCUGCCUGCCCGGUACCAAUCCGAGUAUGACCUGGCAGAAACUCUCGCAUGUACCCAAGUGAAGUAGUUUAGCUGAAGAAGGGUUCUCCAUCGCGUCUCUGUUCACAGUCGUGACUCUGUUUUUUAAGAAUGUAACUUGUUUUUAGAUUAUACUUGCGUGCGUAACUUCAUGACCAGCCCCACUGAUGUGAAAGGUGCUGGUUCAGGUGGUUACCCCGGUCACCUGCGCAGAAACCCCUCUGUCGAUGCUGAGUCCUCUCCUCUGCUAUUCUGACGCUUCUACCCGUAUUCUCUCCACGUCAUCCUUUUCGCUGAAGAGAAAUGCAUUGAUUAGGUCCCCUCGUCUGCAGUUCAGGGUUAAUGUUGUUUUAUACACAUACUCUAUCUUGUUUCGGGAUAGAAACUGGCUUUAUUGCCAGGUGUCUUUUUAAACAUGUUUUAACUCCCAUGAUGAGCAAACUGUCCAACUUAAGUUUUUCAUAGAAUUAAACCUUUCUUAAGAUCAAAUUUGUCUCUUGCAAUGAUGUGAUAAG